AUGGCUCUGAUAAAUUGCACUCAGGUGACGACAUUUAUUCUUGUGGGCCUCAUAGGUCGCCAAGAGUUGAAGACGCCCCUGUUUAUGAUAUUCUUAUCCAUCUACCUUUUUACUGCAGUAGGCAACCUGGGUCUGAUCCUUGUCAUUAGGGCAGAUGCAAAACUCAACACACCAAUGUACUUCUUCCUCAGCAAUCUGGCUGCUGUUGAUUUCUGUUAUUCUUCUACGAUUACACCCAAAAUGUUGGGGAAUUUCUUGUACACACAAAAUGUUAUAACCUUCCAUGCGUGUGCUGCUCAGUUUGCCUUCUUCCUGACCUUCAUGGUAUCAGAGUGCCUGCUACUGGCUUCCAUGGCGUAUGACCGCUACGUGGCCAUCUGUAGCCCUCUGCUGUAUAUGGUCACGAUGUCCCCAGCCAUCUGCAUUCAGCUUGUAGCUGUACCUUACAUCUACAGCUUCCUGAUGGCGCUGUUUCACAGCAUCCUCACCUUCCGCCUCUGCUACUGCGGCUCCAAUGUCAUCAAUCACUUCUAUUGCGAUGACAUGCCUCUCCUCAGGCUCGCUUGCUCAGACACCCACUCCAAACAGCUGUGGAUCUUUGCUUGUGCUGGUGUCACAUUCAUUUCCUCCGUCCUGAUCGUCUUUGUCUCCUACAUGUUCAUUAUUUCUGCCAUCCUGAGGAUGCGCUCAGCUGAGGGAAGACGGAAAGCCUUCUCCACAUGUAGCUCCCACAUGCUGGCAGUGACCAUAUUCUAUGGGACCUUGAUCUUUAUGUACUUACAGCCCAGCUCGAGCCACUCUCUUGACACAGAUAAGAUGGCCUCUGUCUUCUACACAGUGAUCAUUCCCAUGUUGAACCCCUUAAUCUACAGCCUCAGGAACAAGGAUGUAAAGGAAGCUCUGAAGAAAGUCUUCAUUAAUAGAAACCAGGCUUUCCUGUUGACAAAAUUAAGGAAAUGA